CAUCGCUCGUCAAAUGCACGUGUUGCGUACAAUCGCAAUUUCUGUGAAAUUUAGUUUAAUUUUGCGAUAAAAAUAUUCAAAACUAUUUUUUAAAAUGCCGAUGAAGAAAGACGAAUUAAUGCAUCGUCUGCGAGCUGUUAACGACAGAUAUUUGUAUCUGUUGGAAGCGUUCCAAAUUCCGAGCAAAAACACAGAUGACAUCGUUUGCAGCGAUUUUUUGUUGGAUGAUGGGCCUGGUGCUGUUUCUAGGCCUUUCCCAAAGGUGACCGAAGAUGCAGCAGCCCAACGAGAAGCUCGUUUGGAAGUUAUGCAGAACAAAAUCAGCUCAAAAUAUUUGCACCGCAAGAGGAAGCAACCCCUGGAAGGCAAAGCUGCCCGAAAACAACUGCUCAAGAAAAAGAACGUAGUAAAAUCUUUGCGGAAAGCGCAACAAAUUGAGCAGCAGGUGCAUAAAUUCCAGGAAGAAAAGGAAUCAAAACCAGAUACCCAGAAAAUGUCUAAGAAAUCCUCGGAUGCGACGUUCAACACGAUGGGGAAAAUUGUGUUUUCGAAAAUUCAGUUUGAUGAAAAUGAUGUGUCGCGAAAGGGAACCGAAACAGAUGCAAAAAAGCUACUCCGUAAAGUGCUGAACGAAAGGAAGGAAUUGAACGAGCUCAAACUUUCCGGAGAAACGGAGAAAUAUGCCGAGGUCAAAAAUAAAAAGGCAUGGGAGCGUGCGACUGCUAAAACAAUGGGCCAUAAGGUAAAAGAUGAUCUUGGAUUGCUUUCGAAGAAAAUUCACAAGCGCAAGAAGCAGAUUGCCAAAUCGAAGCAAGAAUGGGCUCAACGGAAGGAAAAACUUGAGCACACGAAAAAUGCAAAGCAGAAGAAGCGGGCAGAGAAUAUUAAGGAGCGUGUGGAUAAAAAGAAAAACAAGAAGAUGCAGAAACUCGCCAAGAAGGGCAGAAUUAUACCAGGCUUUUAAAUAAAACAAAUAUUAUCAUAUAUAUAAAA